AUGGGGAGGUUAAACGGUACCAAUCUCGGUGCUUUCCGUGCAUACUUCUUUGGUUUCUUCAUUUGUCUGGCGGGUUUCUUGUUUGGAUAUGACACUGGUAUUGUUGGUGGUAUUCUGACAUUUCCAUCGUACAUGCGGGAUUUUGGAUACACUGAUGAGACAACUGUCGAUUCGGUAAUGGUUAGCUUGCAGAACGUGGGAGCGUUCUUCUCAGCGCUGGCCAUUUUCCCUAUUUCUGAGCGUUACGGUCGUAAGAAGACCAUCCAGGUUUCGAUGUUCAUCUUCUGUAUCGGUGUCAUUAUUCAGGUUGUGCCGUCAUACUCUCUGGUCUGCUUCUAUAUCGGCCGUGUCGUGUCUGGUGUUGGUCUCGGUGGUGCCACCACUGUUGUUCCCACAUACAGCGCGGAGAUGGCCCCUAAGGAGAUUCGUGGUAUGGUGGGAUCCGGUGUACAGUGGUUGUUCGCAUUGGGUGUCAUGGUUAGUUACUGGAUUGACUAUGCCGUUGAGCAAACACUGGCCGGUCAGUCGAAGGAGUGGCAGAUCCCUGUUGGUCUGCAAUUAGUGCCAUCGAGUAUUCUUGCUAUCGGCCUGUUCACUCAACCUGAGAGCUGUCGUUGGUUGGCCAAGAAGGGACGCAUGGAAGAGGCAUGGAAGAGUCUGACUUGGAUGCGUGCUGAUGAUGGCCCUGCUGUCAAAGCUGAGUUUCGCGAAAUUGAAAUUGGCCUGGAAGAGGAGCGAAAAGCAACCGAGGGUCUCACAAAGAAAGAACUCCUGCAGCCUGCCAACCGCUACCGAUUCGCACUAGCUUUCUUGAUGUUUUGUGGUCAGCAAUGUACCGGAAUGACCGCACUCGCAUACUACGGACCUCAGUUCUUCAAGCUCAUUGUUGGUGGCGACGCCGGUCGUGACCUGUUAGUUACAGGACUGUUCGGUGCCGAGAAGUUCGUCACUGUGGGAACAUACAUUCUCAUCUUCUCUGAGAGGUGGGACCGGAAGCCGACUCUGUGGAUUGCGAAUAUCUUAAUGGCUCUCUGUUUCAUUAUUGUUGUGAUCGUGAACCACACCACCGAAUCUACGAACGCAGCAGGAGACCCCACGAGCGCUGGUAUCGCGACCGUCUUCAUGAUUUUCCUGAGCAACUCCAUCUAUCAGUUCAGUUGGGGCCCGCUACCAUGGCCAUACACCACAGAGAUCUUCCCAUCUCGGAUCCGUGAGGUUGGUUCCUCGGUUGCUGUCUCAUCACAGUGGCUCUUCAAUUUCCUUUUCUCACUGGUCACGCCUUAUAUGAUUAGUGCAUGGGGCACAUAUACCUUCAUUUUCUAUGCAGGCCUUGACAUCAUCAUGGCUAUUAUGGUCUUCUUCUUUGUGAAGGAAACCCGGGGCAGGUCCCUUGAGGAGAUGGAGACUAUCUUCAACGGCCGGGCUGCAUUUGAUGUGGAGAUUGCUCGUCAUGAGGGUCAGGCGAUCGAGGAUGAGAAUGUGAGCGCUGUGGAGGUGCAACAUUCGGGACUUGGCACCAAGAAGAGUCAUGACUCUUCCUUGUAG